CAGCACCUUCCUCUUCUAAUUGCCUCUCUUUCGCCCCCAUCUCGUUUCCCCACUUUCGCCUCAACGAGUAUUCUCAGAGCUCUAAAAUGAAGAAGGUUGUGUUGAAAUUGGAUUUUCACAACGACAGAUGCAAACAGAAAGCCAUGAAGAAAGCCUCUGGUGUCUCAGGGGUUGAAUCAGUUGCCAUGGACAAGGAUCAAAAGCUAACGUUGACAGGGGACGUUGAUCCGGUGGAGGCAGUGAAGAAACUGAAGAAGUUAUGUCACACCUACAUAGUCUCCGUCGGGCCGGCGAAAGAGCCGGAGAAGAAGAAAGAAGAGCCGAAGGAGGAAAAGAAGGAAGAUCCUAAGAAAAUCCAGCAGAAAGAUCAGGUUAUAGUAACCUACCCGUACCCGCCGAUCGCCCAAUGCUAUCAUCCGGUGCCCUGUUGUUAUGUUUACGGUAAAAGCAUCGAGGACGAUCCAGUUGGUUGCGUUAUCUGCUAAAUAAUUCAUAUAUAAAAUAGUUGUUGGAGUAAAGUUGAUGAAGAAGACGAUAAGCAAUAAGUUUUUUAUUAGGGUUUUCUUUUUAUUAUCCAUUUUUUUUCUCUUUUUGCACGGCAUGGUGGGUUUACUUAGUUUGGAUUUUGCUGUGAUUUUUCAAGCUCCAACCUAUCAUGUAUUUUGAUUUACAUAUUUAGUAUUCUGGGUAAACUGCACUAAUGUGUGGGUAAUUUUAUUUUAUUUUAUUAAAG